AUGCACUCCUUUGCGCCCCGUCUGCUCUCCCGAGCUUCUUCUUCCCCAAUCCGCUCUUCUAAUAUCCUCACUUCCACUUCUCGCUCUUCCCUUCGUCUCCAACAGCGACUCCCGGCGCGUCGCUUCUACUCCUCUGAACCCCCUAAGAAAUCCUCCGGCGUCAAGUUCUGGCCCUUCCUCGUUGUUGUUGGUGCCGGUAGCUUUGCUUACAAGCUCCUCGUUGAUCAAAGAGCAGAGAUGGCCUCCCUCCCCGCCCCCGAGGCAAAGCAAGCCCUCCCCUCCCCAACAAAGUCGACCCCGACCUUCUCCCCCGCCGACGUGACAGUCCUCUUCGUCCUCGGCGGCCCCGGCGCCGGCAAGGGAACCCAGUGCGCCCGCCUCGUCUCCGACUACGGCUUCACCCACCUCUCGGCCGGCGACCUCCUCCGCGCCGAACAAGACCGGCCCGGCUCCCAGUUCGGCCAGCUCAUCAAGGACUACAUCAAGGACGGCCUCAUCGUGCCCAUGGAAGUCACCGUCCAGCUGCUCGAGAACGCCAUGACGGAGACGAUCAAGAACAACAAGACGGGCGGCAAGGAGGCCCGCUUCCUCAUUGACGGCUUCCCCCGCAAGAUGGACCAGGCCGUCAAGUUCGAGGAGGCCGUCUGCCCCGCCAAGCUGGUGCUCUUCUACGACUGCCCCGAGGACGUCAUGGAGAGCCGCCUGCUCGAGCGCGGCAAGACGAGCGGUCGCGCUGACGAUAACGCCGAGAGCAUCCGCAAGCGCUUCCGCACCUUUGUCGAGACGAGCAUGCCCGUCGUGGAUUACUUUGAAAAGGAGGGCCGCGUCGUCAAGCUCGAUGCUACGCCUUCGCCGCAGGACGUCUACAGCAAGACGCGCUCCGAGCUCUCCAAGCGCUUGGGCAUCUGA